AUGGCUGCGGGCGAGACGCAGCUCUACGCCAAGGUCACCAACAAGCUCAGGGGCCGCAGCACCCCCGCGCUCCUGGACUCCCUCCUGGGGAUGGGCUUCCCGGCACACACCGCGCUGAAGGCGCUGGCGGCCACCGGGAGGAAGACGGCGGAGGAGGCCUUGCAGUGGCUGCGCUGUCACCGUGACGACCCCUCCCUGGACGACCCCAUCCCCCAGGAGUACGCGCUCUUCCUCUGCCCCACGGGGCCGCUGCUCGAGCAGCUGCAGGAGUUCUGGAGAGAGAGCCAGCGGCAGUGCACCAGGAACAGGGCGCACGAGGUCUUCCCGCACAUAACACUCUGCGACUUCUUCACGUGCGAGGACCAGAAGGUGGAGAGCCUGUACGAGGCACUGCGGAGGGCGGGGGACCGCACGCUGCGGGUCUUCCCGGCGGUGGUGCCCCUGGCGCUGCACUCCUCCGUCAGCUACCUGGGCUUCUUCAUCAACGAUGGCCCUGCCGACAUCAUCAGGGAAUUCGCCACAACCUUCGCCUCGGAGGCUUCCGUCCUGGCAGACUGCACGGUGAAGCCUUGCUCCAAGCAGCUGCACCUGACCCUGGCCCACAAGUUCUACCCCCACCACCAGCGGACGCUGGAGCAGCUGGCCAGGGCCAUCCACCCCGGCCUCAGCUGCCAGUGGACGGCGGCGCUGUACUCCCGGGACAUGCGCUUUGUGCACUACCAGACCCUGAAGGUCCUGUUCCAGUACCAGCCCCAGAACGUGGACGAGCUGGCGCUCAGCCCCAGCGACUUCAUCUUUGUGGACCCCACGCAGCAGGAGGAGGCCAGCGAGGGCUGGGUGAUCGGGACCUCGCGGCAGACCGGCUGCCGGGGCUUCCUGCCCGAGAACUACACCGAGCGCGUCAGCGAGUGCGACACCUGGGUCAAGCACAGGACCUACACCUUCAACCUCGCCCUGGACCUGAACCCCAAAAAGGACGGGGAAGCCAGCAGCCGACGCAACGGGGAGCCCCAUCCUCCCCCGGCGCCCAGGAGCAUGCAGUCUCCACCCGCCCCCCAGGACUCGAUCGCGAGGAGGAGCGUGCUGGUGGUGCGCCACGGCGAGCGCGUGGACCAGGUCUUCGGGAAGGCCUGGCUGCAACAGAGCUCCACCGCCGACGGGAAGUACCACCGGCCGGACCUGAACUUCCCGGCCGGCCUGCCCCGGCGCGCCGGCGGCACCAAGGACUUCGAGAGCGACCCGCCGCUGUCGUCGUGCGGGGUGUUCCAGUCCAGGACGGCGGGGGAGGCGCUGCUGGACAGCGGUGUCCAGAUCGCCUCGGUCUUCUCCUCCCCGGCCCUCCGCUGCGUGCAGACAGCCACGCACAUCCUGGAAGAGCUCAGGCUGGAGAAGAAAAUGAAGAUCCGGGUGGAGCCCGGGCUCUUCGAGUGGACCAAGUGGGAGGCCGGCAGAACGGCCCCGGCCCUCAUGACCCCCGAGGAGCUGAAGGAAGCCGGCUUCAACGUCAGCACCGAGUACAGGCCCGCGCUGCCCCUCUCGUCCCUCCUGCCGGCCGAGAGCUAUGAGGAGUACGUGGACCGGUGCGCAGUGAGCAUGCGGCGCAUCGUGAGCUCCUGCCCGGCAGACGCGGGCGGCGUCAUCCUCAUCGUGGCCCACGGCUCGGCGCUGGACUCCUGCACGCGGCCCCUGCUCGGACUGCCCCCCCGGGAGUGCGGAGACUUCACCCAGCUCGUGAGGAAGAUCCCAUCGCUGGGGAUGUGCUUCUGUGAAGAAAACAAGGAGAACGGGAGGUGGGAGCUGGCGACGCCCCCCGUGAAGACGCUGACCCACGGCGCCAACUCCGCGUUUAACUGGAGGGACUGGAUCCCGGGGCCCUGAGUCCUGCCAGGGGCCGGCGGACGCUGUCGCGGAGGCUGCAAGAGGCAGCUCUGUCCACGGCGUCUGGGCUGGCCUUGCGUGACCUGGAGGAGCACAGAGCGCACU